AUGGUUCUGCAGGGUUGCAUAGGAACGACCGUGAAUCAGGGACCCAUGGAAGUCGCUUUGGUUUUCCUGUCGGAUUUGCAAGAAGGAAAAAUACCCAACAGACUUCAAACGAAACUCAGAUUGUGUUUUAAAGAUUUUUUGAAAAAAUGUUUGGACGCGUUGAGAAAGAAUAAAAAUUUAAUCGGGCCCGAUCAGAGAGACUAUCAAAAAGAGCUGGAAAGAAAUUUUCAUAAAUUUACGGACAGGCUCCCCCCCUUACUGGGUCGAACGAUUUAA